GGUCCAUAUCUGUGCUGCUGAACUUUGAACUAAAAUCAGUGAUAACAAAUAAAAAAAAUUAGGCCUACUACGAUUUUUAUGAACUAAUAUUAUUAAGUCUUGGUCAGGCUCAAGUUAAGUAAUGUCUUUUACAACUCCCCCGGAAGUUUUGUUGAGACAGAGCAUUAGGUAACAUUUUGUUACAAUUAAAUUACUUUAAAUUAAAUAAAUAUUGUUUUAUAUUUACAUAAUAAAAUAUUUAGUUAGCCUUAUAACCUUAUAGCCUUAUAGGCAGUGUCCACAAGUCUGGCGACCUUACUAAUAAGUUCUUGAGAUAUUCGUCCGUCGUUUUUAAUUUUUCCUUUAUUUCUUUGUAAAAUUAUGUAUGUUAAAUAAUAUUAUUAUUAGGUUUAAAAUUAAAAUAACUACCCUACUAAUGUUUAUAAAAAAAAUAUUUCAAAUAUAUGUUACAGUAUAUAGUACAUUACAAAGCUCUUAAACUUAAACGAUUUAUCAUUUUAAUGAGUCAUUUGUUUUUGCUUGUAUUAUAUUCAAUUAAAUAGUGAUAGUCAUUUAUCGACUGUAUACAUACUGAUAUAGUAUUAUUUUUUAUACUCAUAUAUUACUAAAAGUGAUUUAAACUUACUCCAAACUACAAUUUAAUUUCAUGUUUUCACAUAUAUAAUAAACAAAUGGUUAAAAAGUGACAUGUCCGCCAGAUGAAUAUACCAGCACUAUUUAUCCACUAAUUAGACAUUCACAAUUUUACAAAGAAGUAAAGAAAAAAUUAUCCCCGCUGGACGAAUAUCUCGAAAAUUUAUUCGUCCGGUGGCCAGACAUGUAGACACUUCGUUAAUUUUAAUUUCUUAAUUCAAAUAAUUAAUUCACUUAUCCUAUCCGUUAUAAGCCAUUAUUAUUCUAAUUCUAGGCCCUAUUUUGUGCAUUUAUUCUUUUACUUUUUUUUUUUUACAGGCCUUCUAUAUUCGUAGAAGUAUAAAUUUAUAAAUAAAAUUAUACACCUAGACCUAGGAGUACUAGGAAAGGGUUUCUUAACCUCGGCCUCCACGCUUUAAAUUCUCUUGAUUUGAAAACAUAUUCCUGCACCCUUUGCCCUUACCAAAAAAUGCAAAUGAACCUGAUUUUUCUGGUCUUUUUGCUGCACCCCCUGAAACUUCCUCCGUAACCCAACACCCCCUGCUUAAAAACCUGUGGGUUGGCCACCCCUGGAGUAAAGAAUAUAUCAAGACUACUUGUGAAGUGAGCAACAGAGGUGAAGCACCCUUUUAUACAAACAUGUGAUAACACGCCUACAAUUUUAUUAACCUAGUCAUUGCAAAAAUUAAGUAUUUAACACUUGGGGGGCCAGUUUACUUUUCCAAACAGUUUAUAUUUAUAUUGAUUUACUUUCCGAUGCCCAUUUUUUCUGUAACAUUUAACAGGUAAAUUAACCAAAUUUCAGUUUGACUGAUUUUUUUCACAGAGAGUGACCUAAAUGGUAAAAGGAAUUACAGUAAUAACACAGACUAAAAGCGCUGCUUUGAAUGUGGAAACUAAAUUAGAAUAGACAUCAAAUAAAUAAUGUUAAAUAUUUAAAUUAUUUUCGAAGUGUUACAUUUGCUUCAGGUCAUGGUGAAACUAACUGCAUCAGUAUUUAUUUUAAACAUUUAUCAAUAAUUAAUAAAAUUAUCUUCAAAUAUAAUUGUUUCUUCUUUAUUAAAAUUUCUAACAGAGCUUGCUCAAGUCUGCGAUGGGGUCCAAAGUUUUGCGCUACAGGAGGGCAAAGGUCAACCAGGUCUUACAGAGCAGCAGUGUGCACAAAACUGGGUGACCCACUAGUUAUCAAGGAAUUUCCCCAUCCAGCUAAGCUUAAGGAAACUGAAGUAAAAUAUACAAAAUUUAAAAAAAAGUUUUGUGAGAUAUUUUACACUUAACACAUACUAGUAGGCCUACAUGCUAACCUGUGGGAUAAAAAAACACUACAAAAAAUUCCCCAAAAUUUUACAACAGCAUGAACAAAUUUGCAGAAAAAAUUAAAAUAACUAUAAUUUAUAACGUUUUCGUCAUUAGUCAUUUUGAAUGCUUUUAUAAAAGAUGAAUUAUCUCCUCUUUGCUGGGCGCACAUUAUAGUAUGUUUACAUCAUUCAUAAUUGAAAAAUGCUUUUUUUUUAGUCCAUCUUUUGUCAAAUUUUGAGGUUUAUUUUUUACACUAGUCAAUAGCGAUUUUACUUUAAAAAAUGGACUGAGAUGAUAAAUUUGAUAGAAAUUUAGAUGUAAUGAGACAUAAUUCGUUGGUUAAUUAUGCCAGCAGUAUUGCUAGCUGUAAUAAUACGGAAAAUUAACAAAGUGAAAUAGCGUUGGUCUUCAUAAAGUUAUUGUGUUCAGUUUAUCAUCAAUUUAUGGCUUUUUUUUUUCACCUUACUGGAGGAAAAUUUCAGGAGGGUAGAAGUUUAAAAAAAACAACUCUAUGAGCUUUAUGGCUAUAAUAUGUUUAUUGGAAGUUUCCAUUUAGAUUAAAAUAAUUACUACAAAAAGAUUCCAAUAAAAUAUAGCUUACAAUACUCAGUGAUAUUUGUGUCUAACGUAUGUUUAUACAAAAAAGAAGAUCACACCCGCUUUUAGUUUUAGAAGGCGUUUACAGCUGUAGUAAGAAAUAGGAAUGAUGAAUAAUGAAAGUCAUUGACAUUAGUAUAAAAUGUAUUUAAUUAUGCAAUAGAAAUUAAAAGAACCUGUAUUAACACUGCACUUCUUGUUAAGAAUUACACCAAUGAUUUGUAAUUAUGGUUUACUACUAAAUGUAGUUACUACCAUGCUACAUAUUAUGCUGGCUUAGUAUUAACAAUUGAUAUCAUUGUAAUCACACCCCGUUUGUUAAUUUAGAUGUGCUACUCAUCCUGAAGUUGGUCAUUUUGAAUGGACCAAUUGGAUUUAAGUUUUUGAAUGUGUGUCUUUGGCAAAAAUAUUUAUUUUGAAAUCCAGGGAAAACUUGUACACAAUCCUGUAUGGCUGUACAACUAAGCAAACAUGUAAAAACAGUACAAAGAACAGGUUAACUUUAAAAGUUUGAAGUAUGCUUAAAGGUAUCUGUCAAAAUUUUUAUUUUCAACAUUUACACUAUUUAGAAUUUUGCAUGAUUGGACAAAUAAUUUUUUUAUUAAGAAUACAUUUCAAAUUAAUUGUUAUUUAAUUUUAUUUUUAAUAAUAGUGCAUAAGCCGACUACAAAAAAAUAAUUUUAAGUCUUGAGCGAAUUUUUUUUUCUUUUUUAUUCUGGCCACACUUAAUUGUUUUUUAAAAUGUAAUUUUGCCUUUCUUUUUUUCUUCUCUUCAGGUGCUUAUUGCAACCCAUGCUACUGGUAUAAAUUUUGCUGAUAUUUUAACCUGUAAAGGAUUGUAUCAGGAUCGACGCAGAACUCCUUUUACACCUGGUUAGAAAUUAUGAAAUUUGUUGAUCCUAAAUUUUAUACUGUCAUAGAAAUAAGUAGGCCUGUAUCAGCUAGAGCUGGGGCUGGUAGUCUUUUUUUUGGUGAGGAUAGUGCAUGCCAACUUGUGGGGAAAAAACAAACUGCAUAAAUAAGAUGAUUUAUCUCCCCUUUGCUGCAAGCACAUUUUAGAAGGAUUUAUAAAUGGAUAGAUCACAUAUUUAAAAGUAAAAUAGCAUGUUUUAAGUCUGAUUUUCAUCAAAUAUUUAGUUUUACUGUGGUAAAUAGCAAUAAAUAACACAUGAACUCAGAUGAUGAAUUUUAUAGCAAUUUGAAUGUAAAUAGACACAAUUCUUUGGUUAAUUAUUCUAUCUGUAGUAAUUCAGAUUCCCUUUUUUUAAAUAAAGAAAAUAAUAUAUCAUCACAUCAUAUUGACAAAGCUAUUGAGUUCUGUUUACCGUCAACUUUUAAAUUUGAUUUUGACCAUAUGGUACUGGAGGAAAAUGUCACGAGGAUAGAAGUUUUUAAAAACUUUAUAUGCUAUGGGGAUAUAAUAUGUUAAUUGGAAGUUUCCAGGUGGACUAAAAUAAUUGAUACAAAAUGAAUAUAAUAUAAUAUAGCCUACAAUCCUCACUGAUUUGGGCUCUUAAUAAUGUAUACUUAUACAAAGAUAAAGAUCACACCAGUUUCUAGUUUUAAAAUGUGUUAACAUGUUAAAUUAAAUUAACACCUGUCACAGUAAUAAAUAGGAAUCAUGACUCAUGCUAGUCAAUGGUAGUAAUGUCAAAUAAAUUAGAUCAUUUACUAGAAAUUAAUAGAGCACUUGCUAACACUACAGUUUUUUUAGUCAAUUAAACAAACAGAUUUGAAUUUAUGGUUUUUACUACUCAAAUUGGUUUAAAUCGUACUACCCUGUCUUGGUCUUAGCAUUAAUGAAGGAUAUCAUUGAAAGCAAGCUCAAUUUCUAAAUUUAGAUGCAAAAUGGGAUUUAAGUUUCCUGUUGUUCAACAUUGAAUUAAAUGCAUUGCCAGUUUUUGAGUAUGUGUCUGGUGGAAAACUAUUUCUUUUCUAAAUGCUGUAAAAACUUUACAAAAUCCUGUACAGCCAAACUCCCCGGUAAAUUAUAAAAAAACAUACAAAUACAAUGUACGGUUAAACCAUACAGUUUGACAUGCAUGGUGAGGAGUAAUUUUUGUAAAUUGUAUUAGAGCCUAUAUCUAUUGUCAUUAUAUAUUAGCACCAAAAAAAGUGAUUCAUGACACUCUAAAACGCAGGCUCCUGACCACUGAGUUAGUGUAUAGCUACUUUAAAGGACAACGAAAAUAAUUUUGUGAUAAAUAACAUAUUUUGGAAAUGAAAAUUUGCAUCAUCAUAAUAUGUACUCGGUUGAACACAAUAAAUCAAUGUAAGCCAGAUUCAGUCAUUGUUACUGGAUACUCCAGACUUUUUACGAAUUUAAUCUUGUACAGAGAAAAAUAAUUGUAAUGUUAAUUGCAUUUUUUAGGUGGUGAAAUAGCUGGUAAAAUUAUAGAAGUGGGUUCGGAGGUCAAUAACCUUAAGACUGGAGACAGGGUGUUUGUUCUUAGCUUUGGCAAAGUGACUGGAGGUGCAGCAGAUCUCUGUGUAGCAGAUGCCACAGUAAGUUCUUUCACAGCUGUCAUUAAUAGGCUAAUUUUUGAAUUAUUUGAAGUUUUCAAUUCAUUGUAUCACGAUGCAUAAUUAAAGUUAUCACUUUUAUUUUUGCAGUCAGUGUUUCCAGUUCCCAAAAACUUGAAUUUAGUUGAUGCUGCAGGGACAAUAGUUUCUUACGGCACUGCAAUGUUGGCACUUGCUACAAAAGCAAGAUUAAAAAAAGGGUAAAGAAAAGAUCUUAUCAUUUAUUAUGGUACUAUGAGCUGAUUUUUGUUUCUAAGAAAAAAAAUACAACUUUUUAAAGGGGGACAAUUUAUACAGAACUUUUAUUUUACAAGGGCGUUUUCAAAAGUGUAAGCUAAUUAUUAACUGACUGUCCAUCAUGGAUGGAUUCAAAAUUUACAAAGGACCAAAGUUAAAAAAAAUAUUUUUUAUUUUGAGGGAUUUGUAUUUUUUUCACUUUAACUGUACAUUUUGUUAACAGUAAUUAUGAUUUUCAGAAAUAUUUAUGUGGGAGUGUUCAUCAUCAUCAUCCUGAUCUUAGUGUUCCUUAGUUGGUCUUUAUUAGCAUAUAGGGCUUUAGUUUAGCCUGGUAAUUGAGAGAGAUCAUUAAUGCACAAGUCCUGAAGUACUUGGCAGAGAAAGAGGGUUAUCUGAUACAGUCUCAUUUAGUUUUUUGCACAGGGGACAUAUUUUUAGUCUGUUUGUUGUGCAGUGGAGUGUUUAUUUUGAUAUGUUCCCUGUUGGAUGGGGGUAAGCUUAAAAUACUCUGACCUCUCUGCCAUUGAAUCAAAUAAUCGUGCUUGAAAUGUCUAUUUUCCUUCUCAACAGUGAAAAAGUCUUAAUAACGGCUGCAGCCGGUGCAACUGGUCUUGCUGCAGUGGAUAUUGCAAAAAAUGUGUUUGACUGUCAGGUGAGAAAGAGUUUGGUGCUAACCUCUAACAACUCUCUUUUUUACAGCAUUCACUUCUACUGAAGAGAUAUUUUAUUUUAUGGGCAUGAAUAUUCAACACUGGAGGAGUAUACAAGUCUUGAUAGUAGAAAUUCAGUGUUCUUUUAGAAUUUUUUUAUAAUAUCAUCAUGGAAAAUAAAUAAAUAAAUUUAUAAAAGAUGAUUUGUUUAGGUGAUUGCAGUUUGUGGAGGGGAAGAGAAGUGCAAGUUUUUAAAAGAGAGAGGAGCAGAUAUGACAAUAGACUACAGCAAAGACAAGAUCCGUGACAAAGUGAAGGAGUUGAUCAAGGGCCAAGGUGUUGAUGUGGUUAUGGAUCAAGUUGGAGGAGACACACUUCUGGACUGCAUUAAAAGGUACUGAAAGAGUUUCAUUUUUAUGGACUUGUCAAUAAUGAGAUAAGCCUGUUGGACAUUUCUAAGUUAUCUGGAGUAAAAAGAAAAUUCACAAAAAAACACCAUUGCAAUCCUGUUGAAAACCUUUUGUCUUUGAGGUCUCUGACAAUUUUUAUAUUUUUGAAAACAAAUACAUUAUAGCUUUUAAUAAAAUUUUGCAUGUAAUGGUUUACUUCCUAAAAAAAUUGAAAAAAAAGAAUGAAUUAAAACAACAACUAUCUAAGUAAUAGUUAUAAAAAAUAUAUGGUUUUUGUUAUUUAGGAAAUUUGACAUCUUCAAAAAUAUGGGUAAAUUAUGACAACAUUUCUGUGGAGAAUUUAAAUUAAAUAAGUAAAUGACCCGGUGUUAUUUGUUUAGAAACUUUUUUAUAUAAAAAAUAUUUGAUGAUUAGUUUUUAAAAUUAUAAAAUAUUUGAAAUCAUCCGGGUUUAUGGGAGGUUAACCCUUCAAACACCCUCUCUACUAAUAUCAUAGACACAAGACUCCUCUUUUAAAAAAAAAAUACAUCUUUUACCAUUCACACAGCUUGGCGUUUGAAGGUAGGGCAUUAACUGUAGGAUAUGCCUCAGGAAACAUCCCAAAUGUUCCAGCCAAUCAACUGCUACUUAAAUCUGCAUCUCUGAUUGGUGUUUUCUGGGGUAGUUAUGCCCAAGCAGACCCAGCAACAUUUAAGAAGUCUAUCUCCCAGGUCCUUCAGGCACUGACAGAGAAUAAGAUAAAGCCAUAUGUCGGGAAGACAUUUCCCUUGGAUCAGGUAAAAAAAUAUACAUCAAGCAAUUUUUUUAUCAGAAUAAUUAGCUUUUCCUUAAAAGUAAAGCAAGGGUCCUUAACUCUCAGAGGGCUGUCUAGAUAGCAAAGUUUUCUUCUUAUAUUUUUUAUUUGUUAAAAUUGUUUAAAAUUUAAUUUUGUAAAAAAAUCAUGCGAUUGAUUUUGUCACCCACAGAUUAAUGAAGCCUACCAGUAUGUCCUGGACAGAAAGUCUGUGGGUAAAGUUGUUUUAAAAAUAAAAGAAGAAGAUUAAAAUACCCAGUAAUGUCUUCUGAUAAGCUAUAAUAACAGAUCUCACUUUGAACAGGUGAAGAGGCAGCUGUUUUUUUCUUUUCAGUGUUUUAAAAAAAAAAAUUAUUUUUUUUAAAGGCAAACUAUUUUUAAAAGGUAUAAAUAAUUUAAGAAAAAUUUGUAAGUAUAAACAUACUGAUUUUGUUGCAAAUUCAAAAGAAAUAAUUUCAACUAAAUGCCAAUUUAAUUGUAAAAUAUCAGGUCAUACAGCAUUUUAAUUAAUCUGAAGGGUGAAUACGAACUGGGCUGAAAAUCCCAAUAUGGACAAUAUAAACUUUAAACUUAGGGCACAAAAAUAAGAGAUUACCCCUGUAUUAUUGUUUCUCUGUUUCAAUCCUUUACAAUACUGUUUAAAAAGUGAAUGAUGUCCCCUGAUUAACAUUGUUAAUUUUAAAUCAUCAAAGAAGAGCAAGAAAUUAGAAUAAAAUAAGGUCAAAUUUAUCUACUUUCUAUAUGAAUAUAUAUCUCAUGAAUAAGUGGGCAGUAUUUCCCACUCUUAUUCUUUUCUAUUGUUUACGUAGGAUACAUGUAAAUAUAUAUUAUGUAAAUUUAACUUAAUGGCCUACUUAUUGAAAUGUUUAUUUUUGUACUGAUGAAGGCAUUUGCCAAAAUGUUUACUUCUGUAUUUUGUAAAAAUCAUCAUUAAAGCUGAACAUAUAUUGUUUUAUUUACACAGUUUGUUUGUGUCUAAUUAAUCGAGUAUUACCUCAAACAGAUAUC